GGAAUUAGUACCGAACAUCACUGAAACAUGACGUCCAUCACUACUUUGUUGGACUAAAAAAAUCCUUUGGUAAAUUAUCGUUAAAUGUCAUGUCGUAGUAUAGCUUAUCUUAAUUUAUUUUAGCUUGCCGGCUGCUGACAAGGAGACGCGUUUGUCACCAAGCCAUCACAAAGCAGAAAUCGUGACUACCGUAAAGUGUUGUGAUUGUCGUGUGAAAAUGUGUACGUGUGGGACAGCAGCGUUCGAGGAGGAAGUUUAUGGAACAAACCAGGAGAACGAGCGUCAACGUCAAGCACUGGAAGCAGACUCCAGGAAGCCUCCAAUUGGGUUACACACCUCAGACAUCAGUAGCAAUCUUAGUCUUUCUUCACCAAAUGUUCGACCUGAGUCUAACAUUAAGGAAGUGGGGGAUAAAGAGACCCCCCAAAUUAAAGAGGAGCAGGAAGAGUUCCUGCAUAUUAAAGAGGAAGUGGAGCAUGAAGAACCCCCCCGAAUCAAAGAGAAGGAGGAAGACUUCUUGCUCAUUAAAGAAGAGCAGGAGGAUAUCAUAAAGGUACGAUUGGCUGGUGUCCCUUGGAAGACUGAAGAUGAAAGUGGAAGUGCAAGCAGCAGCUCAAGUCAACACAUGACAGCUGAAGGUGAUGGAGACCACUGUGGAGGUUCACCUGCAGACGAACUCUUAGCUCCACUAUCGGACAGUGACGAUGCAAUGUCACACGUGCGUGAUGAUGACAAUGAUAGUGAUGAUGAACAGUCUGAAGGCGACGUGCAACGUCACACUGACAAACACUAUAAGAAUAACUUUGUUUCCGAGUGCCAUGUGAAAAGUCACACUGGGGAGAAGGCUUUUGUCUGCUCACUUUGUGGUCAAACAUUCUCUCGUAAACACUCUCUGACAACACACUCAAGAAAACACACUGGAGAGAAACCUUUUGUGUGCUCAAUUUGUGGUCAGAGUUUUUCUCGUAGACAUGUUUUGACAGUGCACAAAAGAACACACACUGGCGAGAAACCCUUUGCCUGUUCAGUGUGUGGUCAAACAUUCUCUGUUAAUGGGAGCCUAAGAAGACACAUAAGAACACAUACUGGGGAGAAUCCUUUUCCUUGUUCAGUUUGUGGGCAAAGAUUCCCUGAAAAGGAAAAAUUAAGUAUGCACACAAGAACUCACACUGGUGAAAAUUGUUUAACCUGCUCAGAUUGUGGCGAAAGAUUCACUCAGAGGGGAGCCUUAACAUGUCACAUAAGAACCCACACUGGGGAGAAACCUUUUGCCUGUUCAGUUUGUGGCAAACAAUUCUCUCAUAAGAGAAACUUAAAAAGCCACUUGAGAACACACACUGGAGAUAAACCGUUUGCCUGCUCAAUUUGUGGUCAGACAUUCUCUCGUAAACAAGCGCUGACAACACAUUCGAGAAGGCACACUGGAGAGAAACCCUUUGCCUGCUCAAUUUGUGAUCAAAGAUUUUCCCGUAGACAUGUAUUGAUAGCUCACAAAAGGACACACAGUGGAGAAAAACCUUAUUCCUGUUCAGUUUGUGGUCAAAGAUUCUCUAAAAAGGGAUCCAUUAAAAGUCACAUGAGAACACACACUGGUGAGAAACCUUUUGGCUGUUUAGUUUGUGGCCAAAGAUUCUCUCUAAAGGGAAACUUAACAAGUCACACAAGAACGCACACUGGUGAGAAACCUUUUUCCUGCUCAGUUUGUGGUCAAAGAUUCUCUCAGAAGGGGACCUUAACCUGUCAUUCUAAAACACACACUGGAGAAAAACCUUUUGUCUGCUCGGACUGUGGUCAAAGUUUCCAUCAGAAGGGAAACUUUAAGAGACACAAGUGUACUAGUGACAAUAAAAGUGAUAAAUAAAAUUCAGCAAAAAGGGGUAUAUUUGUCAGGUUGUUGAAUUCAUAGGUUGUUGUGGUUUUGGGAGACAUUUUGCACAUUGUUCGAGCAAACUUCCUCAGUUCAAGUACAAAGAUUUGGCAGGACAGCUCAAACUUUGGGUGUAUAGUUUUCUGGUGUAGCCUCUGCAUGUGGAACAUCUUUCACAUCUUCCUUGAACAGUUACUCUACCUUCUUGUAUUUUAUUUUAUAUCUAUAUUCUUGUAUUCCAAGUACCAUUAAAAAAUCUCUUGUGUGCAUGUGUUGUGAAUUAGCACUCUACCAGAUUAACUCAUUUUACUUGCACUGAAUGUAUAACAUAACGUUAAAUAAAUGCAAAUAAAUAAGGGGCGAUACGA